CUUGACAAGUGCAAACGUUAAGAAUCCUAUAUAUGUAAUCGAGUAUGAAUAUACAUUACACGAAUUGACAAAUGAAAAGAAAUAUAAAAGGUGUGUUACCCCAUGUACACCAGGCAACACUAUGCGUAUUUGUUUAUCCAACUCCAACAUUAUAAAAUGUAUUAACUCCGGUGAAAAUUUAAACGCAUACAAUCUCGUAGAAAUAUGCCUUUCAGGACAAAGUAUAAAUUCCAUAAGCAUGGAUUUAGAUAUGCCCAACAUAAGAAUAUGUGACAUUUCUUUCAAUUGUCUUCAAGAAUUUCCCAAUGCAAACUUCAUGAAGAAUGUGAAAAUAUUGAAUAUUAGUUUUAAUAAUAUACAAUCAAUACAUAUCAAGGAAGUUCUAUGUGAACUGGAAGAACUAAAUGUAUCUUGGAACUGCAUAUUACAUUGUCUUGCAAAUACUGACAUUUUUACAACUUAUACACCUAACAUGCUUAAAUUAAUCAUAUGCAACAAUCCUUUUGAAGAUGUUGACCCAGAACUUGUAGAAUAUGUUCUGUACACAUAUGUACCAAACCUACAAUUUAUUAAUAAUACUGCACGUACCGAUAUUCAUUCGCCUCAAAAUUAUUAUCCGUGUGCAAUUAAUAUGUGCAGGCUGAGACAACAUAACAAAUUAGCUUAUUUUGAAGAUAAUAUAACGAAAAGUGAAGAAAGCAAUGAUUCGUUGCUAACAAGAAAAUAUGUGAGAUCUGCGAGGUCUAUUCAUGUAUCACAACUUUCAUUCAAGGUGUCGAAUAUGUUGGAAAAGGCUAUAAAACUACAGGAAUUGUGCGCCGUGUGUUGUUCACUGACUAUGUUUUAUACUAAAAUGCCUUUGAAACAUUUGACUAAAUUAAAUCUUGGAAGUAAUUUCAUUUCAAUCUUGAGCGAGUUUUCUCAAGAAAAUUUUCCAUCAUUAAAAUAUCUCGAUUUGACAAACAAUUUGAUUACAAGCUUAGAACCGAUGGGUUCAUUCUUUACUUUACAAGAAUUCUAUUGCAGCAAUAAUAAAAUAAGAAACCUAUCACAAAUAGAUAAUGUUAAAACUUGGCAUAUGCUGCGUGUCAUAGAUCUUUCCAAUAAUCCAAUACAUAAAGAAACAUUGUAUAAAAAGUUCAUUAUAUGUCAUUUAAAUAAUAUCGAAUAUGUAUCUGGAGAAUCUAUAAAGCAUUCUGACAUAACCGAAGCGAGAUACAUUUUUGAAAGGAAAUUAGACAACUACGUCUUGCAUACAAUAUAUAAAACAGAUCAGUUAACAACUAUUACACAGCUAAGUAUAACAAAUUGUUCUUUAUCGAAGGUACGUAGUUCGCUAUAUCAUAAAGUUAAGCAUUACGACUUACUUAAAUGUUAAAUAAUUCUAGGUUGAUCUCUCCGCCGAUUUGUUACCACAAUUAGAAAGUUUGGAUUUAAGUAAAAAUCAGAUAACAUUUUUCUGCGGUCUUCAUUCAUUUCAAUAUUUACACACGUUAUGCUUAAGCUACAAUUGCCUCGAAACAUUCGAUAGUAGCGAUCAUGGAAAAAAUCAAUGCGUAUAUCCAAAAUUGUGCACGUUAUUGUUAGAUCAUAAUUCUAUUAAAUCAAUAAUGAACAUAAACGAACGAUUGCCAGUAAUAAAACAUCUAUUUUUAAAUAACAAUUAUCUGCAAAGUAUUAAUGGUAUAUGUCAUUGCACAAGUUUAGAGUCUUUGAUUCUGGAUCACAAUGAAAUUGUAACGUUCGCUCUAGAAGAUUUUACUGAGAACAAUAAUCUAAAAUUUCUAUCAUUUGAGAACAAUAAGAUUAGAUCGUUGAAAUUCACGAAACGACUGCAAAAUCUGGAAAAACUUUAUGCUGCAAAUAACUCUUUAACGGUAAGCUUUCGUUCGAAGAUAUGCAUAUAUAUAAACAUCGUGUAACGUGUUUAUUGGACUAACGUUUCGUUAUAGAAUGGCGAUGAAAUGCAACAUUUAUUCUUAUUGGAAAAUUUGGUGGAAUUAACGUUCGAAGGAAAUUAUUUUCUCACAGAAAUAACCAAGGAUAAUAUGAUCUUUCAGAACUUCGAGUUAACGAAUCCAGAAAUUGUUGGCAAUUAAUACGGGAUUUCAAUGAUUUAUUUUGUAUUGCAUAUCUUCCAUAAUAUAAUUUAAAGGAAAACGGA